CCCACAUAUGCAAACAUAACAAACAUCUUCGUCGCUCAACUCAACCAGACGAUGCAUCGCGACCAGGAUGACCUCGGCCUCAAUUGACAAUUGACAAUUGAUUGCCCACUAUCUUGAAUGUCCCUACCUGUCUGAUUGAUUCUGCAACUAAUUAUUUCUACCAUCAUUCUUUUCCGGGGGCACCUCGCAGCUCGGACAACCAAAAGACCCGUUCAUCACCCACCGAUCCGUCACUCCUACACAUGGUCCCAACGAUGCGAUAGAACAGGCACACCCUCAACUCUCACAAACAUGCCACUCUCUCCCCGCCAACCUCCUCUCCUCCGCUACCUCCGAGCAAUCUCACGCCCCCGCGCCCCCCUCCCUCGGCGCAACCUAUCCACUUCUCCUCCCACACCUCCCAAAAAAGACCCUCGUUCACAGCUCCGCCGCCUCAACGACCGACUCCCGGCCUUCCUCCGCGCAUACACCACCCCCCUCCUCGGCGCUCCCGCCACCCAUAUCACCUCGUUCCUGAUCCUCCACGAGCUCACGGCAAUUGUGCCCCUCUUCGGUCUAGUCGCCGCCUUCCACUACGGGAAUUGGCUCCCCGAUUUGACCGCUAAUCGGUCGUUUGAGGAGGGCACGCAGCGUUUUGCGCGGUGGUUGCGCAAGAAGGGAUGGGUGGAAGAUGCGGAUGUUGAAUCUGUAGUUGGGGAGGGGUCGUCGGAUGACUCUACGGGGAGGUUGUCUCCGACUAAGGAAGCGGCGGGGGGAAAGGAGGGGACGGGUGCGUGGUUGAUUUUGGAAUUCGCUACGGCUUACGCGAUUACCAAGGCUUUUCUGCCACUGCGGAUUGCGGCGAGUUUUUGGGCGACGCCGUGGUUUGCUAGAGUCGUUGUGAGUCCCUUGGCUCGAGGGACUAGGGCCUUGUUUGGGAGGAAGUAGACCGAGCUACCGAGUUCGAGUAGCAUCGUACUACACGCGUCGACUAGAGGUUGUUUUAAG